AAGACGGCUCUGGGCACUCUGACUUCUAAUAAUCACGUCUCGCCUAUCGGCCCUGACGUUUCAAUUGCAGUACUCAAAUCGCCUCUUCUUCUUUCAGCGUCUUUGAGGGGCCGCUGCUUAGACCUUUCGCCAAAAAGCCUUUGCAGCAUCAGACGAAGCGUAAGCUCACCCAGCUCGCUCCCGCACGCCAGUCACUUCCAGCCGGGUGCUUCGAAGCUUGAUCCACCAUGUCACUUGCAUCCAAUCACAGACAGCGGAUAUCGACUUGGCGGACUCGAUCUGCAUCUCUGCCCUUGGCUUUGAUCUGCAUCGUCGCAGCGCUGAGCUGUAUCUUGAAGGCUCGAGCACAGGGCAUCGACUCGCAGUAUCCGAGCAGGUCGGCAAUAUUGUCACAGUCGGACCAUAGCACCUCGAAGGGAGUCCACAAACAUGAAAGAAGAAAAAUGGCUGGCCGAACCGUUCUGGGCUACACAUCACCCUGGAACCCUCAAGGUGCUGAGCUGGUAGAGGAGUAUAGGGGAAAAUUUGACGUCGUAGUACCUUGCUGGCACACGGUCGACAUUGUUCGAGCGCAGAAGGGUGGUGAAGCAUUCUACGAAGUGCGAGGGGAGAUGACGGAGAAGGACAGGCAGUGGAAAGAUCGACUGCAGGUGGCAAUCCGAGUAGGAGAUCUGCCUGGCCGCAACACGUCGGAUACGAUACUCUCCUCAGCCGAGCAGGAUACUCGACUGCCACCCGUCAAGGUGCUGCCUCGCUUCGCACUCGACCGAUGGACACCAGAGGACUUGGCAGAGAUGCUGACAAAGGAAGAGCACCUCGAAGCCUUUUCGAGCGCUGUCAUGACGGUCAUCGAAGAAGCCGGAUAUGAUGGCUUGGUCAUUGAGAGCAACGCCGUUUGGGCUAUGAAGGGCUUGGUGGAGCAUUUGGCAGCCCUUCUGCGAGCCAAUGACAGACAAAUUGGCGUGGUGCUUCCUCCACUCCGGACGGGUCACGUUGAUGCGGAAGUGGAAAAGACGAAUCGGGUGGUGCUGCACUCUAUCAAAACACUUGGCCCUAUUGCCGAUUUUUUGCACAUCAUGACCUACGACUACACUGGCAUGAAUGGCCAGGCUUUUGAGGAUGUCUAUGAUACUAGCAGCCUUCCAGAAGGAAGUCCCCUUGCGCAAGAUGGCGUCAGGACGCCUGGUCCCAACACACCAAUCAGCUGGCUUGAAGGUAACAUUGAGAUGCUGAGCGGAAGUCUGGAGACGCCAGGCGCUCAGAACAUCUUUCAGACCAACGACAUGGAUCAUACAGAGUUUGUCAGCCAGCACGGCAUUGCGGACAAGCUUCUCUUCGGGGUCGCUCUCUACGGCUACUCGUAUCCAGUAGGUUGGUUCGAGACCAAAUCAGCCUCCAAGCAUGGCGUGCCGCGCGUUCCGCCACCUUCUCCCCUGGUGUCCAAGGACAAUUCUACCUCUGCGCAAGAAGCUGCUCGGGCAAAAGCGGAUAAGAAGGACGAGGAGCUCGCACACCGGGCAGUGCUGCGGUUUGCGGGAGAUGCUUUCACCCAACGAGACCUUGUAGGUCGUCUGAAGGUACACAAAGCUCUGAUCAGACUGGACGAAAAGUCGCAAGAACAAUUCUUGGAUUAUGUCGCAGUCUUACCGCCUUCUCAACAGCCCGAUCCGAAGGAACUUCCAGAGGGCUACAACAAGGGUCAACCUAUGGCUUCUUACUACAGAGCUUACUUUCCAAGUGCCCACACCAUUUCCAAACGACUCAGCACUGUUGCAGAGCUGUCCCCCGCCGCUGGCGUCGCGUUCUGGGACGUCGGCCAAGCGGGAAGGUGGCUGUUGGAGGCGAUCUAACUUGACACGAUUCAGCGCGUAGCCUUGUAUCGCCCGGCAAGAUAGU